AUGACUGCCGCGUGGCUUCUUCCAAUUGUUGCUCCCAUUGUCGCAUCUGCUUCAGGGGGUAUUGUCGCUUCCGUUCUCCCCAACCCACAACACGCCCUCUGGACUCUCAUAAUUUCCUACAUCCUCUUUGGCACCGGCUUCCCCCUCGCAAUGACCAUCCUAGUAAUCUACUUCCAACGUCUAACCGUCUACAAACUUCCCCCCCGAGAAGUAAUCGUCUCUGUAUUCCUCCCGCUUGGCCCCCUAGGCCAAGGCGGCUUCGCCCUCAUGCAACUAGGAAAAGUAUCCCUAACACUCUUCCCCCUCACACACACACUCCCACUUGUCCCCUCACCCGGCCCCAUCCUCUACACCCUCGGUUUCCUCUUCGCGCUCAUAAUGUGGGGAUUCGGUCUCCUCUGGUUAUUCUUCGCGCUCGCAUCAAUUUCCCGCUCUCGCUUCCCUUUUAAUAUGGGUUGGUGGGGUUUUACAUUCCCCCUGGGUGUAUUUACCGUUUCUACUACUAUGAUUGGGGAGGAAAUCCCCUCGAGGUUUUUUAGGAUUUUAGGUACUGUGUUUAGUGUUUGUGUGACGGGGUUGUGGGUUAUGGUUGCGGUGGGGACGGUUAAGAAGGCUAUUUGGGGUGAGCUUGUUUUUGCGCCGUGUUUGAAGGAUGUAGAGGGUGCGGAGAGGGAGGCGAGGGAACAUUUUGAAGGGGGGAGGGGAAGAGAGAGGAAGAAUCGGUUGGAUAUGGAUACGUGUUUACAGAGGAGAGGGGAGGGUUUAAAUACGGUUUGA